AUGCUCCGGAAAUCUUCCAAACUCCCUGCAAUGGGGUUCAUAACGGUUCUCUUUCUUCUGCUGCACAGUGUUGGUUUGUGCAGUGGAGGUGCCACAAGUCAAUAUGUGAGAAAGUCGGAAGCCUCCAUUGACAUGCCGCUCGAGCUUUUUCCUCCGCCUUCUGGGUAUAAUGCCCCCGAGCAGGUUCACAUAACGCAAGGAGAUCAUGUAGGUGAGGGUGCGAUCAUAUCAUGGGUGACACCAUUAGAGAGACACCCGAAUGUAGUAACCUAUUGGGAAGAGGGUAAGAUCAAUCAAAAGCACAAGACUCAUUCUAUAACCAAGUCUUACCGAUACUAUAAUUAUUCUUCGGGAUUUAUCCACCAUGCCACCAUAAAAAAUUUGAAGUGCGACACACAAUACUUUUAUGAACUUGGAAAACACAACGCGAUCCGUCGUUUCUCCUUCACAACCCCUCCUAAAGUAGGACCUGAUGUUCCCUAUACAUUUGGCAUCAUGGGUGAUUUGGGGCAAACCUAUGACUCAAAAGCGACUCUGGACCAUUAUGUAUCGAACCCAAAGGGUCAAGCUGUGUUGUUUUUAGGUGAUCUUUCAUAUGCAGAUCAUUACCCAUUCCAUGAUAACACGAGGUGGGAUUCAUGGGGCCGUUUCAUUGAGAAGAGUGCUGCGUAUCAGCCAUGGAUUUGGACUGCCGGGAACCAUGAGCUUGAUUUUGUCCCUGAGAUUGAAGAGUACACUCCUUUCAAGCCAUAUAUGCACCGGUACCAUGUACCCUACAGGGCAUCCCAGAGUACAUCUCCACUUUGGUAUUCUGUUAAGCGUGCAUCAGCUUAUAUCAUUGUGUUAUCUUCUUACUCGGCCUAUGGUAAAUAUACUCCCCAAUACACUUGGCUUCAACAAGAAUUCCCCAAGGUUAACCGGGCCGAGACUCCAUGGCUGAUUGUUCUUGUUCACUCCCCCUGGUAUAACAGUAACAACCACCAUUUUAUGGAAGGAGAAAGCAUGAGAGUCAUGUUUGAACCUUGGUUUGUUGAGAACAAAGUUGAUUUGGUAUUUGCCGGCCAUGUACAUUGCUACGAGCGUUCAGAACGAAUAUCAAAUGUGAAAUACAAUAUAACAAAUGGGCUUAGCACUCCUGUUAAGGAUCCUUCUGCUCCAGUUUACUUAACAAUCGGUGAUGGGGGAAAUAGCGAAGGCCUUGCUGAUAGUUUUACGUACCCACAGCCAAGUUACUCGGCCUAUCGCGAAGCAAGUUUCGGGCAUGCUACUCUGGAGAUUAAAAACAGAACUCAUGCCUAUUACGCUUGGCACCGUAACCAGGAUAGUAACGCUGUUACUGCAGAUUCAAUAUGGUUCUAUAACAGAUAUUGGUAUCCGAAUGAAGAGAGUAGCUAG